AUGUACCAGGUCCAGCCAUCCGACCCACAAAGAUAUGCAUUGCGACUACUUCUACUCCACUGUAGAGGUCCAACAUCCUUUGAAGAUUUGAGAACAAUCGACGGUGAACUCCUAGAAACAUUCAAGGAUGCAGCAAAAGCAUUGGGGAUAUUGCAAGACGAUGCUGAGCACAGGAAUUGCCUACAAGAGGCAGCAAUAAUCAAUAUGCCAUAUCAGAUGAGACAACUCUUUGCAACAUUGAUCUUUUUCCACACUCCAGCUGACAUCAGAGCCUUAUUCGAUGAAUUCAAACAAUCAAUGUCUGAAAAUUACAUCAGACACGACCGCCACCUUCAUAAUGACCCAACAAUCGCUUUCCAGGACAGACACAUGUACCUGUGCCUUUGGGACAUUAACACUUUAUUGAAAGUGCAUGGCAAAUCCAUCGAAGAUCCCGAGUUCUUGGAGUUACCACAACUGCCUGAGAACUUCCAGAAUCGAAACCAAGAUGAGGAAAACAUCGACAUUGUUCAUGAAACUGAAUUAGGACAACAAAUGUUCCAACUCCUCAAUGAUGACCAACGCCACAUUCAUGACACUGUCAUGGAAGCUAUUCAAACACGUUCUGAAAACAACUGCUUCUUUGUUGACGGUCCAGCAGGAACAGGUAAAACUUUUCUCUACAAUACAGUUGUUCAUAACCUCCAGGCAUUAGGAAUUACUGUUAAAUGUGUUGCUUAUUCAGGCAUUGCAAGCACACUGCUCAUCAAUGGAAGCACAGCACAUUCUACAUUCCAGAUUCCCAUCCCUUUAUUGCCUGAUUCUACAUGCAAUAUAAAAAGACAAAGUGUUAAAGCUCAACAGCUUUUACAGACCACCGUUUUUAUCUGGGACGAGGCCUCCAUGAUCCCAGUCAAUGCUUUGAAAGUAGUAAAUAUCCUACUCAGGGACAUUACCCGAAUUGACAGACCAUUCGGGGGUAAAUUCAUGUUUCUUGGUGGUGAUUUUAGACAAGUUCUCCCAGUUGUUCUUAAAGCAGGUAGAGAACGAAUUGUACAGGAAAGUAUGAAGAAUUCACCUCUGUGGCACCAUUUCCGCACGUUUCAACUCAUCACCAACAUGAGAGCCAUCCAAGACGAAACAUACCGAGAGUUUUCAGAUUGGCUCUUAAGAAUUGGAAAUGGACAAGAACCGCAGGAUCAAGACAAUCAAAUCACGUUAUCUGACCAUAUGCUGGUGCAGUCACUCGAUGAGAUUGUUCACUUACUAUAUCCACCACCACCACCCGGACAGCCAGACAUAAUGGCCGAGCCAGAAGCAAUUGCAGAACGCUGCUGCUUGACACCGACCAAUGAGGCAUCUCAUGAUAUCAAUCAACUCAUUUUGGAAAGGCUGCAUGGACCCACUCAAACAUACCUCAGUACCGAUAGGGUAAUUACUGAUGAUCUUGAAGAAGCUGCAGCUUAUCCUAUUGAGUUCCUCAAUAUCCAGAUACCCACCGGUAUGCCACUCCACCAACUAGAGCUCAAGGUAAUAACAUUCCUUUCAUUUUCAUAA